AUGGGGGCAAGCGAGGGCAGGUCUGAGGGCAGCAGCAGAGCUGCCAUGGAAGCCAACACCUCCCUCUGGCACAGCUACCUCGGGGUGAUCGUGUCCCGCGAGAGGCAGCGCAUGGAGCAUUUCCAGCGGGCCGAGGACAUCCUGCUCACCCUGCUGGAGAGUGUCCAUGCCAGGGAUCCCCGCUUCCUCGUGGACUACGCCAGGAACCUGGAAGCCUUCGAGUUCGCUCUCUGUGCCUCUGAGGACGCUGUCACUCUCGAGGUGCCCCUGCGCGUUGACGGCGAUACCCUGCGUGUGCUGGCAUGCCAGAGCAGGGACAGCCCGGGCAGGCAUCCUUCAGAGCUGAACACCUGCUGCCUGGAAGUGCGCUCUCCAGAGACUGAUUUGGAGGACUGGACUGGUGGUGUGGAUGUGAUGGAGCACGGAGGUGGUGCGGGGUGCCUGCUUCCAGGCAAAAUCCUCCAGCACCUGAAAGAGCUCCUUGUUUCAGCCAUCGUGCACUGCCAACGCCUCUUCCUGCUUCAGCCAGGUGACAUCAGUGCUGAAAAUCUGCGGGAAGAUGCCAUGGAGCUCUCCCUGCUGAUCCGCGGCAGCUGGAAGACCAUUCGCUUUGACAUCGUUCCUGUGGUGAGGAGGCAGCAGGAGCCGCUGCAGCUCCAGAGGCGGCAGGGCGGCAGGGGCUUCCCCGAAGGCAGCCUCAGCAGGGCCACGGAGGAGGCUCACUUUGUCCCUGCCUCUCCCCGCUGCUGGAGAUCCUCCAGUCACCUUCCCAUCCUGAAGCUGCUCCGAGGAGUGGACACCCUGAAGGGGCCCCGUCUGGACAGCCUUCGCCUGCUCGACCAGCUCCGUGACCAGGACUGGGGAGGGCAGGCUGGGAGAGGCACUCUCACUUUCCAACACCUCAAGAUGGUGUUGCUGUGGAGCACAGAGCUCUUCCCCUCCCCGGAGGACUGGCAGGACCUGGAAGGCUCUGUCUACAGGCUCUUGGUGAUCCUUCUCCGCUGCCUGGCCAUCCAGCACCUGCCCCACUUCCUGAACCCAGAGGAAAACCUCUUCCAAGGAGCUGCCCCAGACCUUGCCUCCCUCUACCAUAAAGUGGAGAGCUUUGCCUGGGACCCCCAACGCUUCCUGCGCUUCCAUUUUGGCCUCCACGGGUUCAGUGGCAGCUGCCAGGCAGACACGGAGACCCGAGCCCUGCUGCAGCUCCCCACCAAGGAUGGGUCCUGCUGGGACACAGCCUACUUUGACGUGCUGCUCAGCCAGUUUCAGGUGUACCGGAUCCAGGACAGUGCACGCCGCGCUGCAGCGUCCCAGCUCCUCUCCAGGAUCCGCCAAGAAAUCCCUCAGCAGAGCUGA